AACGUGUGGCGGCGGCGGAGAUCGCGUCUCCUUUUUCGAUCCCAGUCCCGCUGCUGCUGUUGCUGCUGCUGCUGCUGCUGCUCCUGCGAGCGUCCGGCGCGUCGGUCGCGUUUCUCGUCUGCAACUCGCCGCCAGCUCGCUCCUCGCUCAGCGGCCUCUCACCAGCACCGACAUCCACAUUGACACCUCCGAGCCGGCUCUCUCGCUGUCUUUCCAUCUCUACACAUGGCUUCCUCCGCACAGAGCGGCGGCUCCUCCGGGGGACCCCUGGUCCCCACCGUGCAGCGGGGCAUUGUCAAGAUGGUCCUGUCAGGGUGUGCCAUCAUUGUCCGAGGGCAGCCUCGUGGUGGGCCUCCUCCUGAGAGACAGAUCAACCUUAGCAACAUUCGAGCUGGAAACCUUGCCCGCCGGGCGGCUGCAGCACAACCAGAUGCAAAAGAUACGCCUGAUGAGCCCUGGGCAUUUCCUGCUCGAGAGUUCCUUCGGAAGAAGCUUAUUGGGAAGGAAGUCUGUUUCACGAUAGAAAACAAGACUCCCCAGGGACGAGAGUAUGGCAUGAUCUACCUUGGAAAAGAUACCAAUGGGGAAAACAUUGCAGAGUCUCUGGUUGCAGAGGGCUUGGCCACCCGGAGAGAAGGCAUGAGAGCUAAUAAUCCUGAGCAGAACCGGCUUUCGGAGUGUGAGGAACAAGCGAAGGCAGCCAAGAAAGGGAUGUGGAGUGACGGGAAUGGUUCACAUACUAUCCGGGACCUCAAGUAUACCAUUGAGAACCCAAGGCACUUUGUGGACUCACACCACCAGAAGCCUGUUAAUGCUAUCAUCGAACACGUGCGAGACGGCAGUGUGGUCAGGGCCCUGCUCCUCCCAGAUUACUACCUGGUUACCGUCAUGCUGUCAGGGAUCAAGUGCCCAACUUUUCGACGGGAAGCAGAUGGCAGUGAAACACCAGAGCCUUUUGCUGCAGAAGCCAAAUUUUUCACCGAGUCUCGACUGCUUCAGAGAGAUGUUCAGAUCAUUCUGGAGAGCUGCCAUAACCAGAAUGUUCUGGGUACCAUCCUGCAUCCAAAUGGCAACAUCACAGAGCUCCUCCUGAAGGAAGGUUUUGCACGCUGUGUGGAUUGGUCGAUUGCAGUGUACACUCGGGGAGCGGAGAAGCUGAGGGCAGCUGAGAGGUUUGCUAAGGAACGCAGGCUGCGGAUAUGGAGAGACUAUGUGGCUCCCACUGCUAACUUGGACCAAAAGGACAAGCAGUUUGUUGCCAAGGUGAUGCAGGUGCUGAAUGCUGAUGCCAUUGUUGUGAAGCUGAACUCCGGUGACUACAAGACCAUCCACCUGUCCAGCAUCCGACCACCGAGGCUGGAGGGGGAGAACACACAGGAUAAGAACAAGAAACUACGUCCUUUGUAUGACAUUCCCUACAUGUUUGAAGCCCGGGAAUUUCUUCGAAAGAAGCUUAUUGGGAAGAAGGUCAAUGUGACUGUGGACUACAUUAGAGCAGCCAGCCCAGCCACAGAGACGGUGCCUGCCUUUUCAGAGCGUACCUGUGCCACUGUCACCAUUGGAGGAAUAAACAUUGCCGAGGCCCUUGUCAGCAAAGGUCUAGCCACGGUGAUCAGAUACCGGCAGGAUGACGAUCAGAGAUCCUCUCACUAUGACGAGCUGCUUGCCGCAGAGGCCAGAGCUAUUAAGAAUGGCAAAGGAUUGCAUAGCAAGAAGGAAGUGCCUAUCCACCGUGUCGCAGACAUAUCUGGGGAUACCCAAAAAGCAAAGCAGUUCCUGCCCUUUCUCCAGCGGGCAGGUCGUUCCGAAGCUGUGGUGGAAUAUGUCUUCAGUGGAUCUCGUCUCAAGCUAUAUUUGCCAAAGGAAACUUGCCUUAUCACCUUCUUGCUUGCAGGCAUUGAAUGCCCCAGAGGAGCCCGAAACCUCCCAGGCUUGGUGCAAGAGGGAGAGCCCUUCAGUGAGGAAGCAACGCUUUUCACCAAGGAACUGGUGCUGCAGCGAGAGGUGGAGGUGGAGGUGGAGAGCAUGGACAAGGCCGGCAACUUCAUCGGCUGGCUGCACAUCGACGGCGCCAACCUGUCCGUCUUGCUGGUGGAGCACGCACUCUCCAAGGUCCACUUCACUGCGGAGCGCAGCUCCUACUACAAAUCCCUGCUGUCUGCCGAGGAGGCCGCCAAGCAGAAGAAGGAGAAGGUCUGGGCACACUACGUGGAGCAGCCUGUGGACGAGGUGCCACCCGUGCCGGAGGAGAAGGAGCGCUCAGCCACCUAUAAGCCGGUGGAGCGCUCAGCCACCUAUAAGCCGGUGUUUGUGACCGAGAUCACUGAUGACCUGCACUUCUACGUGCAGGAUGUGGAGACAGGCACCCAGCUGGAGAAGCUAAUGGAGAACAUGCGAAAUGACAUCGCCAGCCACCCUCCUGUCGAGGGCUCCUACGCCCCGCGCCGGGGAGAAUUCUGCAUUGCCAAAUUUGUGGAUGGAGAAUGGUACCGGGCCCGAGUCGAGAAAGUCGAGUCUCCUGCCAAAGUGCACGUCUUCUACAUUGACUACGGCAACAGAGAGAUCCUGCCGUCCACCCGCCUGGGUACCCUGCCACCUGCCUUCAGCACUCGUGUGCUGCCAGCUCAAGCCACGGAGUAUGCCUUCGCCUUCAUCCAGGUGCCCCAAGAUGAGGAUGCUCGAACAGACGCCGUGGACAGCGUGGUGCGGGACAUCCAGAAUACCCAGUGCCUGCUCAACGUGGAGCACCUGAGCGCCAGCUGCCCCCACGUCACCCUGCAGUUUGCAGACUCCAAGGGGGACGUGGGGCUGGGCUUGGUGAAGGAGGGACUGGUCAUGGUGGAGGUGCGCAAGGAGAAGCAGUUCCAGAAAGUGAUCACAGAAUACCUGAACGCCCAGGAGUCAGCCAAGAGCGCCAGGUUGAACCUGUGGCGCUACGGAGACUUCCGAGCCGAUGACGCAGAUGAGUUUGGCUACAGCCGCUAAGCAGGGAAUCGGGUCCGGCCCCAGCACCCCUCACACAGUACCUCUUCCUCUGCCAGGAGGGUGUUUCCGCUCCAGACCCAGAUCGGGGCGUAGAGUGGGUCCAGCUUUGCUUCAGUGUGUGGAAAUGCCUUGCAGGGCAGCAUCUGGGCUGGGGGUGGGGUGCAGGGAGCCUGAGGCUCUCAGGAGCCUGUCUUCUGAGAUGAUGGGCGCUGCUGUCCAGUCUCUCCCAGCUGAUUUCCUGUUUUUAUUUGGAUGGGGGGGUUGUGGUUUUUUAAAAAUUGUCCUCAAAUCAGGAAGAAACAUGAAAGACUUCAUGCUAAUGGGGGUGUGAUCCUGGCACUGGAGGCCUGCUGCCAGAGAGCACCCCACUUCUAUCCCAGACUGCCUUUCUUCCCAGCUCUGUCCAGCUGUUGAUCAUGUGAUUUCUCUGAUAUGUCCAUUCUCAAAUGCCAGCGCGCCUCUCCUUUUCUGUAUUUAAAGCUUUUGAGGCCCAAUAAAAUAGUACAUGCUGUCUGCA